CUCCGCCAUCUUUUUCGUCCACCAAUUGUCCAUUACUUUACCGAAAACAAGAAAGUUACUCCAAUGGCCUGCUCAAGCUCUGCAUGACCAACCAAAGUUCAGGAACUGUACGUGUACGAGAUCAAUGAACGUGAUCGUGGAAGCCCCGCCUACCUCCGUUUGAGCCAGAAAUCCGUCAAUUCUCUCGGAGAUAUGGUCCCGUUUAGCAACAAAGCAUGUUCUUCGAUCCUCAUCUACUUACUUUCUUCCUUUUUAAAAGCAAUAUUUCUGUAAUAUUCUCUCUUAUCUUUUCUGGUUUGCAGAUAUAUGCCGGAGACCUACAGAAGCGGUUGGGAAUAACAGCGGGCAUGUGCAUUCUGAUCGAAAACAAACCCGAAAAGAAAGGUGACAGGUACGAGGCGAUAUUCAGCUUUUAUUUCGGGGACUACGGUCACAUAUCGGUGCAGGGACCGUAUUUGACCUACGAGGACUCGUGUUUGGCCGUGACGGGUGGUUCUGGUAUCUUUGAGGGGGUGUACGGGCAGGUGAAGCUGCACCAGAUUGUGUUCCCCUUCAAGCUUUUCUACAUUUUUUAUUUGAAGGGCAUCGGAGACUUGUCCGAAGAGCUUGUUGGGAAGCACGUGGAGCCGACCCGGCCAGCUGUUGAGCCGAGCCCUGCGGCUAAGGCUUGUGAGCCCCAAGCCACCAUCGCUAAUUUCACUCGUUGAAGGAAUAUUAUGAACGCCGUUGUUGAUCAAUGAUGACGAUGACAUUGAUAGUCAAUAAAUUAUUUGCAUAUUGUAUUUUUCCCCGAAUGUGACUUUGAUCUUAACGUCACACAUGAUAUUCUUGUGGAAGUUAGCAAAUCCACGUUAAUUUACUUCUUCAAUUUUUAAAGAGAUGUUAUAUUCUCAAAGUG